AUGAGAGGAAGUCGCAGUGGAAGUCAACCUCAACUCAAACUCCAAAGCCUCAAUGAAAUGGCUCACCCCUCUAAUCGCGAAUUAUCCAUAUUCUACUACCACAUAUCUGAAAAGUCUAGAGUUAACGCACCCAUUGAGCCAAGAUAUGUAACAUGGUACGGUACAGCUUCUAUUUCUCAGAUCAAAUCAUCAGUCGACACAUUAGGUCAGAAUAUUUCAUCCUUGUAUGAGCGAAUGAUACAGAACCCAAGUCAAUAUGGUUUAAGUGCCAAUGAUUUUAUUCAAAGUACGUUCAUUGACGAAGUUGAUCGUCAAUUCCCAAACGAUCCGAAUCAAGGGUAUAGACAUAAGCUUGUCAAGGAAAGUACCGUCAACGAUAUACGCAAAAUCAAAGAUAUGGAUGAAGAUGACACGGCUAGAGCUGGGUAUAUGGUUUUGGGCACAAAGCAAAUUCCUACAAAUCAAUCAUCGUGGUAUAGCUUCAGCAAGCCUAAAGAGGUGAUUACAGAUAUAGGGAUAUUGAUAUCAUCUCAACCUACUCAACGUUCGCUCUCGUAUACCAAAAAGAAGGAAAUGGAAAGUACGUUGGAGGAAUUUGAGGGAUUUGAAAAUAUGAGUUUUGUACCGUUUGAUCGGACCCCUGCACAACUUGAGGCUGAGGCUCAGGCUGCUCAGAAGUCUGAAAGAGAGAAAUACAAUACGACAAAGACCGAAGAAGACGAGGAAUGGGUGGAUUGGGAUUGA